AGCACGAACCUCCCGAGUCACGUGUGGAACCCAGCUCGUGUCCCUCUUGUCUCACCGUGGAGGCUCGCCGUGUCCGCCGUCUCUCACCGAUAUAAUCCCGGUUCCGCCGCAGGCAGAGGAUGAGCGAUAACGAUGACAUCGAGGUCGACAGCGAUGAAGAGUCCUCGAGAUUUCACCCGGUGGCAGACAAGCGGGCACAUCACAAUGCACUGGAGCGCAAACGCAGGGACCACAUCAAAGACAGUUUCCACAGUUUACGUGACUCAGUGCCUGCUUUACAAGGAGAGAAGCACUCUGUUAAACAGGCUUCCCGAGCUCAGAUUCUAGACAAAGCCACAGAGUACAUCCAAUACAUGCGCCGAAAGAACCACACACACCAGCAGGACAUUGAUGACCUGAAGAAACAGAACGCGCUCCUGGAACAGCAAGUCCGCGCUCUGGAAAAGGCCAAGGGGAACGCGCAGCUCCAGGCCAGCUACUCCUCGGACAGCAGCUUGUACACCAACCCUAAGGGCAGCGCCGUCUCAGCCUUCGACGGAGGCUCUGACACCAGCUCAGAGUCGGAGCCAGAGGAACAGCCUACGAAGAAAAAGUUCCGCGUGGAGCCCAGCUAGAUCCAGCUCACGCUUCCCAGCAGUGGGGAAACCUCGGUUCAGACUCUCAGCUCCAUCCUCCUCCUCCUCCCCUUCUCUCUCUCUCUCUCCCUCCACAACCCGUCCUUCCCUCUCUUCUUCCUCUUUUUCGUGUGUUCAGAGUCUUGGGAGGAGGAUCCAGAGAAAGGCUCUCUGAAGUUUCCUGCCUUUCACCCUCCCAGCGCUGAUGCCACUCCGCACACGGAUCAAGCCCAGCCACAUUCCCCUCCAAAGAGUGGCAGCUCGACAGUCAAAGACUGCAGAAACCUUUUAUAGCCUCCUCAGUUAGUCGUGCACAAAUUACAUACAUUAAGCUACAAGAUACAGCCCUCUUAUUGUUCUCUCCCGAAUAUGCCUGUUUGGAGACGUCAGGAGGAGAAAACAGUCAUUAAAAAUAGUUUACCUUUGUAAGAUUUGUACUUUUCCACAAAAAAAGAUGGUGCUUUUAUAAAAAAGAGGGUAUGUGGCUGUGAGACCCACUUCACUGGUAUAGAAGACUGAAGUUCUCCCCUUUUUUGGAAAAAUGUUUGUUGCAAAAAUGUUUAUUUAAUUGUAACGUUGGGGCUGCGUUCUGUUAUUGUGUAGUUUGUUGUUUUGCCUGAGAUUGUAAGUGGAAUUAGAUGGCCUCUACUUUUACGCGUCCUCACGUCAUAGUUUUGGGACUUUUAUUUUUUCUUUCUGAUUUGCUGCGCCAAACGAGGACAAUAUUUAAUACAGGUAAUAUUCCCUGCAGGAAUUUCAAUUGAAUGUUACACAGUGCAGUUCAAAUGCAGUUAUUUUAUUUUCUCAAUUACAGGUAAGUAUGUCCAUUUUGGUAUGUAGUACACGGCACUGUAUACUCUUUAAAUGUAAUCGUCUCAACCGCAUAACCUUCCCUGGAAAAAUCUUUGCCUGUCUAGGGAAAGUUUCUCUCUUCAGAGAUAGUGUGUAUGAAAUAGAUAUUGCUUUUUAUUCCAUUCCAUGGAAAUUACAGGUAUGUUGUACAUACUGCCAACAGUUGUCUUGCAAGUUGAGGCAUACCUUAACUAUGAGACUACAAAUAAAACUAUUUUAUCCUUAUCUA